AUGACAUCAAAUCCAGACAUGAACAUUGUUAUGUCGUUUCUUCCCUACAUGAAGUUAUUAAAUGAGGAGCAGAAAUUAGAAUUUCACCUUAACAGCCUUCAAUAUUUAAAACAUAUUAUAAAAAAUCCAAAUAAACCCGUACUACAUGAACCACAACUUCAGUAUCCCAUUCCAGCUGCUCCUUUAAAUUUUAAUAAUUAUACAAUGAACCAAAAUACAUCUUCUAACUUGCAAUAUAAUUCCAGGCCAUACUUAAAUGCUCAACCAUACUCAUAUUCAACUUAUACACAACCUAAUUAUCCUCAUAAUUCAUCGUCCUCUUAUUUAGAUCACACUGUCCAAUACACACCCACGCCUACGUCAUCGUCACAACCAUCACCAUCAAACCAGAAGCAAUAA